UUCGGAGCCCGCCCCAAGCCAGCCUCGGUAGCCUUCUGAACGCGGAUCCCGGAUGCUCCAGCAAUCAAUUCCAGCCGCUAUCAAUCCUACUCCAAGCCAGAACAAUCAUGGAUGCGGCGCUCUUGCCGGAACGGAAGACUCUUGGAGCGGCGGAAUUAAUGAAACGUAUCCGUGGCGUUCGCUGACCACGGUCCCGGGGCGGUGUGUUUCUGGUAGUGUGAAAUGUCGUGCGUAUCUCGGUAUCGCGUUAGUAGUGGCUUAGAUCAACGUUCGGCGCACCGCGGAUUGUCCGAUAACGGAGGCGGAGGCCUGAACCCGGUGCCUGUUACGAUGCCGACCAGCGCGCUACCCUGGCGUUCGUUUUCGACCUUCGGACCGUUCGGAUCGAGUCCAGUUUCACCGAUCCGGAGCAGCUUCCGGCGCAGUGGUCUCAUCGCUGGUCCGUCCAGGCUGGCGAUGCCACCGGCAUCAUCGGAGUGUCGCGGGCGCCAUCCGUGCACCGGUCACGACCGUCCGCAGUUGGUAGUGGGUCGGCGCGACUCACCACCACCACCACUUCCCUCGCCCCGCACCGGACAGCGGAAGAUCCCGCCGUCCGCGGCACGACGUAAGUCACCCGUCAGUUCCGGUACGUCGGUUGAAUCGAUUGUACCCAAGUACGGUGCCGGUGCUGGUACCAGCAACGUUGGCGGGGGCGGGGGCGGGGGCGAAGCAGUCCCGGCCGGAUCACAGAAACGUGCGUAUAAUGCGUGCCGGUCCCAGGUACGGGUCGUAUCGAGUCGGACCGCGGGCAACACUAGUGGCCGCGUUAGUGGCAUCUUGACGGCGUCUCACCAUCACCGUGCAGCAACAGGGGAUGGCAACAGCAAGCGGUAUGCCCGGGCCGCGGGACCGCCGACGAGAGCUGCCGAGCCGCCAGAGGUUCCGGUAGGUCGGGCAUGGGAGCCGGUGCAGCAACGGCGGGAGAACAACGAGAAUCGCCAGCCCCUAGGUCGGCCACUGAUGCCCGUGAGCCAUCUGAUGCAACAGGUGCGCAAAUCGAAAAGACUGCUGGACUUGGGAACGUCGGCUCCUGUGGCCGGCUCCGGUACGGCUCCGGAGGCACCGACCGAACCGCGUACUGUGCCGCGAGUGUUCUCCACCAAGUUCCCGGACGGGUUGCCAUUCGAGCGAGAGUUCUAUCAACGGCCGACACCACCGGCUACCGGCACCACCACCGCCGCAGCAGCAGUGGAUGGUCCCGCUGGCGGAAGGCGAGCUCCAGAGUCGCCCGGGAGUUGGCCCCAAAGUCCGACCAUCGGAAUAAAACCGACCGGUGGCAGCAGACGCUGGCCAAGGCAGUUGCCGCAGCUGAACCCAGCUAAACCGACGGCCAACGCGAAGCCUGUCCGAGCAGGGGGGCACAUCCAUCUCAAAGGUCACGGGCAAGCCAAACCAAACUCGGUUGCAUUGAGCGAGCAGCUACAAGGCAACUACUUUUACAAGUUCGAGAGCAUCAGCCAGCGGCACCAGCGCUGGCAGCCGUUGUGUCAUGGUCUUCCGCGAUUUGGUGCCGAGAAUGAUGGCUGCACCACCCAGACCCAUCCCUACCGUAGGCGGUUGCUUGGAGCGCGUGGCACUACUUCCUCCGCUGACAACGAUAACGAGCUGGAAGAGGAAAAGGUGGUGAGGGGAGUGAACGACUACGAUCGCGUGAAACCCGCCGAUGAUGAAGCACUGGACAGUGCGGACGCAGGUGAAGAGGAAGACGGUGAACAAGUGACAGUUUACGUUGCCGUUGCGACGUGGUUUCCGAAGUGCAAUCGUUUCCCGUCCGGCAACGGUGACAACUAUUUGGCGGACACUAGCAGAGCCGGGCCCGUCGCGGAUGGUGCUGCUCCAUCGACGCACGCUUCCGAUGACUGCGGCAAUGCGGACGGCGACGAGGGCCGGUGGAAACACGAGCACGACGAAUCACAUGCCUGGUGCGGUUCAGAAGACGAGCGACGCCGAGCGCGUUUACCAUAUGAGCGAGCGAACCUUUCGUCGGUGCGAGAUGAUUUGGAUGGUCACCUGAACUAUAGCAUUGGCGACGUGCUGCACAACAAGUAUGAAAUUAUUGGCCGUCUCGGGGAAGGAACCUUCGGACGCGUGGUGAAGGUUAGAAAUGUGGAAACCAACCAACUGAUGGCGUUAAAGGUGAUAAAAAACGUCGAGAAGUACCGAGAUGCAGCUGAACUCGAAAUUACGGCGCUGGUUAAGAUACGUCAAGUGGAUCCCAACCUGAAGCAUCUUUGUGUGAAAAUGGUGGACUCCUUCGACUACUUCGGCCACACCUGCAUCGGGUUCGAAAUGCUCGGCCUAAGUGUUUACGACUUUCUGAAAGACAACAACUUUCAUCCCUACCCGAUGGAGCAGGUGCGCCACAUCUCCUACCAGCUGUGCUACGCGGUCAAGUUCCUGCACGAGAAUCGGCUCACGCACACGGACCUGAAACCGGAAAACAUACUCUUCGUCGAUUCGUCGUACACCACGCUGUCGACGAGCCAGGAAGAACGGCGACGAGUGAAAAACACCGACAUCCGGCUGAUCGAUUUCGGCAGUGCGACCUUCGACGACGAGCUCCACAGUACGAUCGUGUCCACGCGUCACUACCGUGCGCCGGAAGUGGUGCUGGAACUUGGCUGGGCACAGCCGUGCGAUGUGUGGUCCAUAGGUUGCAUCAUGUACGAACUGUACAAUGGCGGGACGCUGUUUCCAACUCACGAUAACCGUGAGCAUCUGGCCAUGAUGGAGCGCAUUCUUGGACCCAUCCCGGACCGCAUGGCAAGCCAAACGAAAACGCGAUUCUUCGUGCGUGGCAAGCUGGACUGGGACGAGAAGACGCUAGCCGGGCGUUUUGUACGCAACCGUCAGCCGCUGCACCGCCAUGUCGUGGUUAACACACCCGAGCACCUUCAGUUGUUUGAUUUAAUUCGAAAAAUGCUGGCGUACGAACCUAACCGCCGCAUCAAACUAGACGAUGCCCUUCGACAUCCGUUUUUCGACAAGCUGCCAACGUCCCAGCGGCUGUACCCCGAACACCCCAUAGUAAGAGCAACAGACCCACGUCAGCCGGAUCCAUCACGUAAAGCGCGUAAGCCGAUGCCCCUCACGCUGCUACCCAUAAUGGCCCGGUGGCAAAAGGGGACUAUCGGAUUUAGAGCCUAAUAUCAUCUCCACCAGCGGCGCUCACGACGAAGAUGGAUUAAGAAAGAACAGAUUAUUCACAGCAACGUACGCAAUAAGAUCGAGUCACGAGAUGCGAGGGGGGCUGUCAGAGUGGAGGGGGCUUCCUGAUGUGCCCAGCAACGGUCAUAAUAACAGUGUGCUAGUUGUUAACUGUCCGCAGCAACGACAUCGACGAAUCGAAUUUAGGAAUUGAAGCAACAUGAUUCCAACGUUACCAGCCAACCAGAAACAAUAGUCAUUGCUACAGCCAUUCUUUUUAGUUCUAGUAGAUGGUGCUGGAGAUAUUUUUAAAUUAUUAUGUUUCAUGUACGUUUGAUCACUUUCUGAUCACUUCCUUUUAUUGCUCAUUUCAUUAUGAAUUACGAAUUUGCUUGCAAUACGUUCCCAAGUUCCUAUACUGAUCAAAAUCCCAUAUUUUGGCUGUUUCGUAAAAUAUUAGAGUAAUGUUAAAAACAAUUCUCGGUAACUUGCUUGCUAUGCUUGCUGGGUGAUCAUGUUCGAAGCACGUUCGAAUACUUACGUUAGAAUUAGACCGCGUAUGGUGGUUAGCGACGGUUUGAGCUAGUCCGACCGGUUUACAAAAUUACUGUUUAGGAUUUACUCUUACGAAUGUGCCUGCUCUGUGAAAGAUGUAUGUUCACAACGACAAUCAACAAGCUAAAGAUGAAGUUUUCGAUUUUUUCGAAUUUUUCAAAUUUCGAAUUGAUUCACGCGAUCUAAAGAGAAAGUUCUAAAGAAAAGAGAUCCAGUGAAAGGCUAAAACGCUACUGUACUAUCCAGAAUCCAGUACAGGUUUUCAUCGCUUGGCAGCGCUGAUAGGGAAAUCAUAGAACCCAAUGUGAUUUAAAAGCCCAGUGCCUUUCAAUUUUGCCUGCAAUAUUCAAAAGUGUGCAUGGAAAUAUUAAGGUCGUUGACAGCAGCAAGCAAGUGACUGUAGCUAGUCGUUUGAAAGAGAAAAGCUCACUUUUAUUCACAUUUCAAUUUCCUUGUCAUUAGAUUUAACAAAGAUACCUUAAGCAGUGGACAGAACAUGCUGCUGACUGGUCCUCCUAAUCCUUUGGUGCAGGAGAGUAACCAGACUCAAAGGUGGCAGAUAUGGAAGAGUUUUGAUCUAUUAAUCAACUUGCAUUGACGCCAAUAAUUUCGACGAUAAUAAUUUUCAAUCAACCGACACAAUGUCGUUGAUGUUAGGACAUAAGGAUAUCAUUAAGUUUAACUGAUGUACCGGUGUAAAGGUGUGCGUCGCAAGAAACGGCGGAAAUCAUAGCAGAACAAGAAAGUCCACACGGGAAACACAGUAGGUAAAUCAGCAAACCCAACAACCAAUUUAUACCAUUUAGCAAGCCAACAACCAGUUUGAUAAUAAAAUUUUUACUAUGUACGCAAAU